UGUUAGCGUGUAGAAACUGAGACGGCUCGUGACGUCGUCUUUUAAAGCAAAUGGAUGGGGAGGGGGGCAAAUCAUCAUGAACCUAGAUGGAGUCCCGUUCAAUCAGCCUUUGAUAUCUUUGAUCCACUCACUUGUCACUGAAGACUGACUGCUGACAUCCCUCGACGAGCAUACCAUGCCUUCCCCCAGCGACAGAAAAAGAGUCCUCGUCGUAGGCGCAGGAGCAUCUGGCAUGUCAUGUGCAGACAGUCUGGCAAAGCAUCCAGAUAAAUUCGAGGUCACGUUGAUUGACGCCCAAGGAUACUGUGGAGGUCAAGCAUUCUCUAUUCCGAUCGAUGAGAAUCGAUACGGAUCAUCAUGGAUGAAUCAAGGUGUUCAAGGUGGAUCAUAUAUCUACCAACAUACCUUUCGUAUGUUUGAGAAGCAAGGCUAUGAAGCCAAGCCAGUGGAUCUCCAAGUCUCUUUCGGUAAGGGCGACAAGUUCUGGACCAACCUGUUCCCCACCAAGCUUGUCGACAAGCACCAAAAGGACAUUGCUCGAUUUGAUACGGCGCUCAAGUGGAUGAGAAGGGGAGAAGUCUUCUUCGCUAUCAUUCCCAUCAAGGUCACUCUGAAGCUCUGGGGACUCAGCGAUGAAUUCAUAAACUACAUGAUAUAUCCAGCCCUGGCGCUGUUCCUCGGCACUGGCAAUGCUACUCCGGACUUGCCUACCGUCAUGAUGGAGAGGCUCUAUACUUCACCGACCUAUGGAAUGUGGUAUAAAGUAGACAAGAAGAGUCUAUCAUCGAACCUCCCGCCAAUGGUGGUUUUCCCAGAGUCUACCGAUUUCUAUACCAAGUGGCAGAAAGAUCUCGAGUCCAAGAAUGUAGAUGUGCGACUCAACACAGAGCUGAUCUCGGUCGAUCAACGCAAGCCCGACGUCCGAGUUCAUCUACGCCAGAGACGACAACAGGAAGAUCUUCAUAAUCCGAACGAUGCGGAUCAGGACAUUCCAGCCGUGGAAGAGACUUUCGACGAAAUAGUCUUUUGCUGUUUGGCGGAUACUGCUAAGCGGGUUCUUGGCAAAUCUGCCACUUGGAGCGAGAAGAGGGUCUUGGGCAACACGAAAUGGAGCGACGAUGUCACGGUGACCCACAAUGAUCUGGACUACAUGAAAAAAUACUACACCAUGGACUUUGACACUAGUGAAGCUGUCCAGGAGGUCGGAGGUAGGGAUGACAGCGAUCGUUACAAGAAAGGUCAACACGAGUUCAAUCCUAUGUACCUUAUCAAGCAACUACCAGACGACCCGCGCAAGCUGGAGAUGUGUUUUGACUGUUCAAACUUCCAGUAUCAAUUGAAAGAUGCGCAAAAACCACAGGAUCAGCAUAUCUUCCAGACAAUCUUCCUCAAUAAUAAGCAUAAGCACAUGUGGCAAAAGGACGAGAUCAAGAAGGACAAGAUCAUCCGUGAGGAUUGGUGGCAUCAGUUGUGCCACUCCUGGACACACUAUGCUUUCGUUGUGCCAUUCGUGUGGCUUCUCAAUCGUGGCUCGAAUCACACCACAUUUGCAGGUGCUUGGACUCUGGUCAAUGCACAUGAAGUGGCCGUGAUUUCGGGAAUGGCCGCAGCGUACAAGCUCGGAGCAGACUAUCCGGUUGAGCUUUACGAGAACGACUUUGCCAAGUUGUGCUUCAGGCUGUAUCUGCUUCUGGCCCAUGGCAAAAGGCUGAAGAAGGAGAGGACCAGCUGAAAGCUCGCUCAGACUCGGUGGACAGAGAUCGAGAAGGGCUCGACUGAAAGCUGGGUUGAAACAAGCUGUUGUAACAUAUGUAGCUGCGUAAGUAGACAGACAUCAGAUGUGACUAGAAUGUAGUGAUUGAAUGUCGG